AUGGCUGGGGGGUUUUCGUCCGUAUUUCUCUUGUUGUUCGUCGUUUUCAAUCUGGUCGAGGGUAAGCAAGUUUUGGAAGACGGGUACGAGGUUACAACAGUGGUCGACGGUCACAAGUCUGGUCUGAAUCCAUACACGAUCCAUGCUCUACCAGGAUCUUCCAAUCUGAUCGUCCUUGAUUCUUCCGGCAGCACAUUCUACACUAGUUCAUUUCCUUUAUCCGUUGAUAGUGUGAUAAACCGGUUUGCUGGGGAUGGAAAUUUCGGUUAUGUAGAUGGUAAAGCUGCUAAUAGCCGGUUCAGCAAGCCUCAUGGUUUCGCUGUGGACGCUAAAGGGAAUGUCUAUGUUGCUGAUAAGAACAAUAAAGCCAUACGCAAGAUCAGCUCUUCAGGUUAUGUGACCACCAUCGCUGGAGGAAUCUCAAAGGAAGUUGGACACAGAGACGGACCUGCACAGAAUGCAACUUUCUCUAACGAUUUUGAGAUAACUUUUGUUCCUCAAAGAUGCUGUUUGCUUGUUUCCGAUCAUGGAAACGAAUUGAUCCGCCAGAUCAAUCUUAAGGAGGAGGAUUGCCUCGAAAGUUCUCAUUCUAGUUUUCUAGGGACAUACUCUCUUUGGUCAAUAGGGAUUGUCCUUUCAUGCCUUCUUGGUGUAGCCGUAGGGUUUGCUUCUCGCCCUUACAUCAUUCGUCAUGAAGAAGUGAACCACCUCUCGUUCAUCAUGACGUGGAAGCUUCUCCUAAUCAAACUGGGGGAACAAGUUCUGACCUUCUUCUCCUACAUUAGAAACCUAGUCGCUGGAUCAGCGGUCUACUCGGUACUAAGUAGACUUGUUAUGAUGAUCGUGUCUCACCUUUCCCUAAUGUAUUCCGCAAUAAGUAGAUUAGUAAAUUCCAUGGUAUCUCGCCUUUUCUUCUUGUGUCAACCCAACAAUGUAGCUGUUUUAGACAAGACGGUGGUCUCUUUCUCGGAUCCGGAUACCCCAAGUCGAAGCAACUCAAAGCCGCCGCUUUCUCUGAAACCCUCUGAUGAUCUUAUGGACCUGAUUAGCUUUGAUGAUGCACAAGAGCGGACUGUUCAAGAGACUAACACUGCUCUGUCUCUUCCUCAUGCAACCAUAGAUGACAUUAUUAAGGUUCAAGUUGAAGGAUUUUUAAAGAUGGCUGAGGAAAACGCUGCAGCUCGUGGUUCUUCCUCUGCUGAGUAG